AUGUCGCGCUGCGUCAGCUUUCUCAAGGUAUCAUUUCUGGUGACCGCUGCCUGGAUCGGCGUUCUCGCCCUCUGGCUCGGGUAUGAACUCAAAAGCUCUGCCAAUGCAGUACCGGCAUCGUAUUUGGUCCACAACUGCAGUUCGAAUCCUCGUCCACAUGGGCAACAAGCGCUUGCUCAUCCUGACGUGCCCUAUGGUUGUGGUAUGGUUAAGUUGUUCAGCUCUCCCGACGUCUCUGUCGAAGCCUAUAUUCAGCCAGAUGGUGGUAAGGGCUGGAGUAAUGCCGGUCGCUUCGAGGCCUAUGGUCAUGUUUAUCAAGUUGACGCUCUCAUAGAUAAGAGCUUAGCAGAAGCAAUGAGUGCCUCUUCCGAGCUUGGCCCUGCUGACACUCUCCUCCUCACUAGCUCUCAUAUUGAUCAUAUUGGUGGCAUUAUAGCUCAUGAAAAUAUCACUACGGCCAUUAUGCACGAGGACAUGCGCCCAGUUGUGGAAGGUAUCCUAGCUUCAAGCAAGGAUGAUGCAAAACAGCAUGCUGCUGCCUACUAUCUCUACAGAUGGUUUGGCCAGUAUCUUCAGCCUCUCUUGAGCGUCAUGCCUAAGCCUUUGCAGCGUCUAGUUGUCGGACUCGAGCUUGGCCACUACUAUGCUCAGUUCGAUUCCGAUAAGCUGGACCAUCUCUCUAUGGAGGUCGCUACCUUUGAUGGCGAUCUUGGUCUGGUCCGCGACCAUAUCCAACUGAAGUGCUUCGGUCCCCCUACUCAUAGUUGCUUGGACUGCAUUGUCAUUGUACCCGAGGCCAAAGUUGUCUUCACUGGUGACAUUCUAUUUGUUGGUAUAGCCCCUAUCAUGACCCGAGAGUCAGCACAGAAGUCCUUGGAUGCUCUAGCCUGGCUUGAGGAGCGUAUUGAUUCGUCAUGGAAACUGGUUCCUGGUCAUGGUCCUGUUACGUCUCUCGACGGUCUGCAAGCUGCCAAGCACUAUUAUCGAAGCCUUCAGGAGGCCGUAGACCAGGAGGGUUGUUCCUGCUUAGAUAACCAUACCAUGUGUGGGCUGGACUUCUACACAUCUCCUCCUGAAGAGCUCCGUGACUGGACGGAGCUGCAGCGGUCUAUGGUGAAUGCCUUCGUUGAGUGUGAGAUAAAAGAAGGCAGAAAUCUCACUGAGGCCGAUUUUACGAGACUCGCCAUCGACGCUGAAGUUUUAAAGGAACUCAGGUCCCAAUCGCAGUAG